GCUCCUCUUCAUCGUUUCUCUUUCUGCAUCGUCAACCGUUCUCGAUCUCUCUCGAUACUUUCCUUCCUUAAAUUCCCUUUUUAUAUUUUUCAACAAACUGGGUGCUUCAGAUUUGCACCACCAAACACCUCCAAAAGUUUUGAUUUUAAACCCAAAAUUAUAAAAAUAAAAAACACCUUCCUUCUUCUGAUUUCAGCGAUGGGCGAGUGCAAAAUUGAGGACUUGCCGUUGCCGGCGCUGUUUGAACAAGCUCGGAAGAUCCACGCAACGGCGACGGAAUCCGGGGCUGGCCAGGAGCUUUUGAAGAAGGGAUGCGAGACUCUGCAGAAGUGCGAGGACAUGGUUAACAAGCUGGGUUUGUUCUCUGCCAAUGAGACCAAAGAGGAUAUCAGCACCAACAAUCUUAAGUAUAUUCUGGUUCCCUUUUAUCUUGCUGAGUUGACUGAGAAAAUAGCACAGGAUGAUAGGAUACCGAUUCUAAAGGCUUCCCAAGAAAAACUAAAGGAAUUUAUCUCAUUCUGUGAGGCAAUGGAGCUGGUCCCGAAAGAGGAGUUAGAAUCUUAUAUGCAAGGGGUACCAAAAUCUGUUGCUGAUCAGCGGGCAAGAAAGAUUGCUAGAUUUAAACGUCAGAAAGCUGCAGAAUCAAAGUUAUUGGAAAUAAAAGAGCGAAAGGAACGGCGAGGGCGUUCUACCAAGGCAGCUGCCCUGUCGACCCCUGUUGAGGCAGGAGAAGAAGAAGUAUUGGAUGAUGAUGGUGAAGAAGAAAGAGAGGCUUGGAAUACUACCAUAUCUUUGGCGAUCUGUAAGGCAUUAGAUCUGCUGGAAAUGUUAAAGAAAGAGGAAGAGAUGCUUUCUGCUGUAAAGGAUAGACAAUCCAAGGAUGGGGAUAAGGAGUUCUCUACGGAUGUUCUUGACGAACGUGCCAAGAAAGCAGAGGCUUGGCAUCGUGACGCUGCUGUUCGUGCACAAUACACCAAGCCGUCACAGCCUAUAACAUGUGCCACUUUUGCUCAAGACGUUCUGGAAGGAAGAGCAAAUGCUUCACAGGCACAUGAUCACAAACACCAACCACUCAUAUUUGGACCAGCCAGCCUUGUGAAUGGAGGCUUAACAACUGAGAGGGAAAGAAUAGCAGCUCAGGUCUUCCAACCUGGUCAUAGGUUGCCAACCAUGAGCAUUGAGGAAGCUGGGGUUAAAGAAAUGGAAAUAAUGAAUAAAUGGCAAGAGACAAAUGUCAGACUCAUGGAAGAAGCCAAUUCAUCUUGGUACAAGGAUAGGGUGUCAAGGCCUGGAGAAGAUGAUGAUGAAGAUGAUGAUGCUGCACAGGACAAAGCAAGAGCUUUGGAUGACUGGAAGGAUGAUAAUCCGCGGGGUGCAGGAAAUAAGAAACUUACUCCUUGUGGGUAAGUGACUCUCAUCUAUUCUUCCCUCGCUACAGAAUAGUGGGCUUUGGAUAAAUCUCUGAUUGUAACGAAAUCUCAAAAAGUAUAGAGUUCAUUUGCUCGUAGUUUGUGUUAAAGAUUAUAUGUAUGCCAGGGUGUCUAGUUGGUUACAUGUUAUAUUCUUGGAGCGCAAUUAGGGUCCUAUUAUUUUCUGUUUUUCAUGUUCUUUCCCACAAAUUUUUGUAGAAGUAGCUUGUUUUGCAAUUUGUUUAUAGAGCUUUUCAACCAGUUUUUCACUGAGGUGAGAGAAUGC